GACCUUCGACCCAAGGCAGCCGCUGGUCAGGGGCCUAGUACGGCGGCUGCGGGAGGACGGCACCUACCAGCUGACGAACCUAGGGCUGUCGGAGCAGCAAAUACUGCAAAACGUCAAGCGGGAGACGCUGCAGUUGGUGGCUGCGGCGGACGAGGACCGCGGCAGAGGCUGCGAG